AUGUAUAGAUUCAUUUCUAAAUUUCACUUUUGUGAUAUAAGAAAUAAACUGUUCAACCUGAGUCUUAUACAUGCAAUAAAUCAUGGAUUUAACAAUAAAGCACUUCAAUAAGCUUGUUUUGAUCUUAAUAUCUCUAGUGCUGCAUCAACUGUCAUUUAACCUAUAGAUUUAAUACAUUAUUCAAUGAGAAAAUGGAAUCGUGAAAUUAUAGACACAAUGACUUUUGAUGAAAAUUUCAAACAAUUUACAGUCAGCAAUAAAAUCAAAAAUUUAAUUAAGCAUAGAUUAUAAUUAUAAAGUCCAUAUAUGGGAAGAUGGAAUGAAGCAAUGGCUUUAGGAGUUUAGAAUGCUGAUUAAACAAGAGCUAUUUUAUGGUAAUUCGCUGAUGAUUGUUGGUAUUUAGCUGGGGAUAAAUCAUAAGAUUAUAAUCAUUAUACUAAAAGAAUGAUGUUUUUAUAUAUCUACAUUUCAACAGAAUUAUUUAUGUUAACUGAUAAAUCACCAAACUUUUUUAUGACUUGGGAUUUCUUAGAAAGGUGAGAAAAUUAAUAUAUUAUUGUAGGAGAAUGUCAGAAAUAAAAGAUUUUGGUAGUUAAAUUGAAUUGGUUACCACAACUAUGAAAACACUUUGGAAUUCUGGGUAUUAUAUGACAACUAUGUUUUACAAUUUUCCAAAAGGGACAUUGAAAUGAUAAGUAAAUGG